AUGAAUGCCUUUGGAGGGCGAUCGCGGUCCUCAGCAGGAUGGUUCUUCGCCGGGCUCGACUCGUCAUUCCCCGAUCUUGGGAUCGAUGAAGGCAACCUAUCAGAUCUCCGUUUUUGUGGUACGGAUCUAAAAUCCGGUUGCAAGGUGUUCCAAGUGCGGAAGUCAGAUCCUUCGCGCAGUACAGAGGUACUCUUGGCCCCUGAUGUUCUCAACUACGCUGAGCUUGAGGGUGAUCUGAAAGAUCAAGUACUUGUUUUCAAGUUCAAGGGCAAAUUUCACGCCGUCGACCAUAAAUGCCCACAUUCUUCGUAUCCGCUUUCACAUGGGACACCGUUUGACAUUGAAGAUUUCGGGAUCGUCUUGAGCGCAGGUUUGACAUGUCCCAAGCAUGGCUGGUCGUUUGAUCUGCAUUCUGGAAUGGCAGACCGCGCGCGAUAUAAGCUGGGUAUCUGGGAGGUUCAGUUGCGUGACACCGCAUCAAUAGGUGCAAUACCGAUAGGAGAGGAUGUUCCAGGUAUAGAAAGUAUAGAUAAAGAGGUCUGGGUAAGGAGAAAGCAGAGGAUAGGGUAA